GGCCUCCCUGCCUACUACCCGCGGUCCCGCUGGGGUCGCUGCCAGCCACCCAGCCGCCCCUCUCGCUGCACCCGCAGUAUCGCCCGCGCGCCCCGAGCCCUUCCAGGCCAGAGGCUCCCGCAGGUGAUGGCGGACGAGGGUGCGGGGGGCCUGGAAACCGCCGCGCGCCGGGUCACCGCGUCUGGGGCCCAAGAGGCUGGGGGACGCGGGUAUCCCGACCCCGCAGCCCGCCCAGGGACCGCCCUGCCUGCCCCGGAGGGCCGGGAAGAGGCCUCCGCGGCCACUGACCUGAGCCCAGAAAACGGUCUUUUCGGGGACGGGGCCCCAGAAACCUGUGGCACAGAAGGGUGGGAGGCUCGGGCUGGAGCCGGCGGGAAGGCAGAGGAAGUGACGACUGGGGAGGGCGCCAUCUUCAUGGAGGAGGCGGAGCGGGAGGUGGGGAAGCAGCAUGUGGGAGAGGAGAUGGAGGUGGCCGAGAAGCUGGUGCGGGGGGAGAAGCUGGAGGUGGGAGCGGAGGCGCAGCAAGGCCCGGGGCCCCUGAACUUUGGUGGCCCAGCUGUGGACCCGCUGGAAGCCAUCCAGUGGGAGCUGGAGGCCGUGAGUGCCCAGGCGGACAGGGCCUACCUGCGCCUGGAGCGCAGGUUUGGGCGCAUGCACUGGUUGCACCUAGCCCGAAGGAGCUUCAUCAUCCAGAAUAUUCCUGGCUUCUGGGUCACUGCCUUCCUGAACCACCCGCAGCUGUCAGCCAUGAUCAGCCCCCGAGGCGAAGACAUGCUCUGCUACGUGAUGAAUUUGGAGGUGAGGGAGCACAGGCACGCCAGGACGGGCUGCAAGUUCAAGUUCAGUUUUUGGAGCAACCCCUACUUUCGGAACAAGGUGACAGUGAAGAAGUAUGAGUGCAGAUCCUCAGGCCGGGUGGUGUCAAUCGCAAGUCGCAUUUGCUGGCACUGGGGCCAGGAACCUCCGACUCUGGUACACAGGAAGCGGGACACCGUCCGCAGCUUCUUCAGCUGGUUCUCAAAGCGCAGCCUCCCGGAGGCCGACAGGGUUGCCCAGAUUAUUCAAGAGGACCUGUGGCCCAACCCCCUGCAGUACUACCUACUCUGGGAUAGGCCCCACAGAGCCAGGCAAGGCCUAGCAAGGUGGCCCACAGAGGCCCCUCCUAGGCCCUAUGGGUUCCAGUCUGGCUAAGUCCUGCCCUGGGACCUGGCCCCUACACAAGACUCCUUUCUGCCUCCUGGAGACCUGUGCUUAGGCCAGCCAUGGCACUCUGCUGUCUGCUUUCUGUUCCGUGUACUCUGACCCCUUUGGACUUAAGUGGACUCAGCUCCGAGAUUGUGGCCUUCAUGGCCACGCUCUUCUGUUUCCAUGUAGGCUCCAUGCAUCACAUGACUGUCACAUGCCGCAGUGUCUACCCAAGCACUCAGUGCUGUGGACAGGUACUACCAUCAUCAUGGCCUGGACCUGUCUUUGAUCAUGGCCUUCCACCCAUUUUGUGUGUGUGUGUGGUACGCGGGCCUCUCACUGUUGUGGCCUCUCCCGUUGUGGAGCACAGGCUCCGGACGCGCAGGCUCAGCGGCCAUGGCUCACGGGCCCAGCUGCUCCGUGGCAUGUGGGAUCUUCCCGGACCGGGGCACGAACCCGUGUCCCCUGCAUCGGCAGGCGGACUCUCAACCACUGUGCCACCAGGGAAGCCCCACCACCCAUUUUCAACAUGGGCACCCACAGGUCAUCACUAGGAGGACCAGUGCCUCUUUGAGGCCUACUCCUUCAAGGCCACAGCAUGCCGGGCUUCAUACUUAUGCUGACCCCACACCUGUCCGUGGCAAGCUGAGUCUUGUCACCCAAGAGGAAGUGGGUGCAUUUGGUCAGCCAGACUUGGACAUUCCAGGACCUCAGGACCACAGGUCAGGCUAAUGGACUGUUGGGCAUCUAACAGAAUGGGCAUGGGGUGAGGUCAAGGACAUGAAGCAGUGGGCAAUGCAUUCUUUGUGAUCACACUGCUCUUCUUACCCCUGUGUUGGUUCUACUUCCUGACCUGCUACUGACUUGUGAAGGUCUGUGUCCUACCUGUGUCUGGUCAUCGCCCUUCUCAUGAGUUUCACCCAUGUUGCCAGCGACCUUGUUGCCUGCUCCCAGGUCUAUAAGGACCUCAAGAACUGCCUGUGAACGCAGGUGGGCCACCUGCCAACGCACAAGAGCUCCCAAACCCCCAGGAACUCUGCCACGCUGUUAUAUCUGGGCAUGCACUUAAGGCAGGGGCAGUAAUGGAGUCCCUUCCAGAAGCCUACCUUCCUGAGCUCCAGUCACUGGACUCACACAGAACCCAACUCCCCUGUCUCCACUUGUUUUUAGGCUGCCAGCUUGGGGGUGCUGGAGAGGGGGUGUUUCUGCUCAUGAGGCCUUUCUCCACCUGCUGAGAUCUCACAUGUUUCUUUUUAUUUUCUUUAAAGUGAUAGCUCAGAAACAAAAUAACUGAAGAAGCAAGGUUUUUUACAAACAGCUGAGGAGACAGGCUUUCUUGUUGAAUUUGCCUCUCUGAUUGUCUCCAGAGAGGGAGGGUUGUCCUGUAGCUUGGUGGAGCUCUCGUUGCCCCCUCUGCUCCAGGGCCCUGACCCCCUCAGCAACGGGGGGCAGCACAGGGCCCCUGAGCAGAGACACCAGGAGCUCCGGGCCCGCAGGGAUAGCACAUUGUUCUGUUUCGUGCUUUGUUCUUGGAGACUAACUUUAGCUCCAACUCUACUUUCUUCUCCUUUCGCCGGAUCCAAACCCUCAUGGGAUCCUGUUAGUACAGGAGCUUAGCUGUGCCCCCCUCCUAAGACCCCCUAAGACAGUUUUUUGGGGCUGUCUCCAUCUCAUUUUGAGGGAGUGACCAUACCUAGGCCCCUUCCCGUGGAAGGCCUUCUUUUCUGCUCCCGAGGACCUGGGGAGGCCUUAACACAAAAUAAAGGAGGGGGGCUGCUCUUGGCAGGGGCGUGCAAGAGAAGUUGGAGCCAGCUGGGAAGACAGGGAUGGAGGAGGGCCUGCAAGGUGCAGGGAGGGGAGCCCCCGAAUCUUCCUAACUUUUUUGAUUCACCAACUGAUAUUUUAAUUUAAAAAAAUUUUUUUUAAUUUAUUUGUAUUUGAUUAUUCCAGUUUCUAAAAAUUUUGAUGGUCAACCCUAUUGAGGAAAUUUGUUGAUUUUUUUUAACAUCUUUAUUGCAGUAUAAUUGCUUUACAAUGGUGCGUUAGUUUCUGCUUUAUAACAAAGUGAAUCAGUUAUACAUAUUCAUAUGUCCCCAUAUCUCUUCCCUCUUGCGUCUCCCUCCCUCCCACCCUCCCUAUCCCACCCCUCUAGGUGGUCACAAAGCACCGAGCUGAUCUCCCUGUGCUAUGCAGCUGAGCUGCUUCCCACUAGCUAUCUAGUGGGAUAUAUAUGUCCAUGCCACUCUCUCACUUCGUCCCAGCUUACCAUUCCCGCUCCCCGUGUCCUCAAGUCCAUUCUCUACGUCUGCGUGUAGAUUUUUUUUAAAUUAAUUUUUAUUGGAGUAUGGUUGCUUUACGAUGUUGUGUUAGCCUCCACUGCACAACAAAAUGAAUCAGCCAUACACAUACAGAUAUCCCUUCCCUUUUGGACUUCCCUCCCAUUUAGGUUACCACAGUGCAUUAGGUAAGAGUUCCCUGUGCUAUACUGUAUGUUCCCAUCAGUUGUCUAUUUUAUACAUAGUAUCAAUAAUGUAUAUGUGUCAAUCCCAGUCUCCCAGUUCCUCCCACCCCACCCCUUUCCCCCUUGGUAUCCAUACGUUUGUUCUCUACGUCUGUGUCUCUAUUUUUGCUUUGCAGAUAAGAUCAUCUAUACCAUUUUUCUAGACUCCACAUAUAUGUGUUAUUAUACAAUAUUUGCUUGUCCCUUUCUGACUUACUUUACUCUGUAUGGCACUUUCUAGGUCCAUCCACGACUCUACAAAUGAUCCAUUUUUAUUCCUUUUUAUGGCUGAGUAAUAUUCCAUUGUAUAUAUGUACCACAUCUUUAUCCAUUCCUCUGUUGAUGGACAUUUAGGUUGCUUCCAUGUCCUGGCUAUUGUAAAUAGUGCUUCAGUGAACAUUGGGAUGCAUGUGUUUUUUUGAAUUAUGGUUUUCUCUGGGUAUAUGCCCAGUAGUAGGAUUGUUGGGUCAUAUGGUAGUUCUGUUUUUAGUUCUUUAAGGAACCUCCAUACUGUUUUCCAUAGUGGCUGUAUCAAUUUACAUUCUUGCCAACAGUGUAUGAGGGUUCCCUUUUCUCCACACCC